AUGCAGAACGAAGAGGGCGUUAUCACUGAGCUUUACAUUCCUAGGAAAUGCUCGGCGACCAACAGGUUGAUUACAUCAAAGGACCACGCCUCCGUUCAGAUUAACGUUGGUCAUCUGGACGAACAUGGCAUCUACACUGGCCGGUUCUCCACUGUCGCUCUAUGUGGUUACGUCCGCGCUCAGGGAGAUGCUGACGGCGGUCUAGACCGACUAUGGGAGAAGAAGAAAAUUAAAGCCAAACAAAACUAGAAAGAGAUUAACCGUGUUUCUUCUAUGGAUUUGUGUUCUUGAGAAUGGAAGUGUUGAAUUUAGUGAACUGAUCCAUUUUGUUGA